UUGGGGUUCGCCUAAGUUACGGAAGGGAAUCCUUGCGAAAGUGAUGUUCCCACAGUCGUGCAUCGCAGAACUCGCUGCAGUCUAUCUAUGUCCAGAGACGGCAGGGACAGUGGCUCAGCGAAUCCUUCAAAGGAGCAAGUCUUACCUUCAAGAUCGUUCAUUUAUCCUGUCAAAUCUCUGCUGACUGGUAUACGACCGGCACAAGGUCUUCCCGUUAUCUCCCAUACCGCCGCGAGCGGCGUAGGUGCGCCACCGUCUGAGGAACUUUCCAGAUGGAAUACAGAGGAAGUUGAAAGGGCCCAUGAUACUACGACUAAUCCCACCACGCUAGCUUACGACCCUAACGAAACUAUAUUCCCUUCAAAUACCCGCCCACGCCGUUCUGAGAAGAAAUUCCAGUUAAUUUCCCACACUUCACCUAAUUUUCGGCAUUUUCCAGCGGAAAACGUUGUUCUACCUUCAAGUUCUCCAACGAAAUUCUUUCACUAUCCUUUUGGUUCUUCGUCGGUUGGCACUGGACCUUCGUCCCCAUUCCAUUCGGCGACUUCAAACGAUCCCGCAGAGUUAUAUCCUCAUCGCCCUCCUGCAUUUCCCGCCAUUGCUCGUGAUAUUUUUGCGUCGACAAGUACUUCCUUAAUACCCAACUCCGCCUCCAUUCCAUUCAAUCCCUCCGAACUUGGUCUGCUCCACCUAGGUCCAAUCUCAUCCUCGUCCUCCCACUCUGGCACACCAGGCUCUCUACAUUUUUCUAGUGUCCAGGUUGAAUUAUCCUCUGAUCGCAUGCCGGAUAUGUCAGAGCGUCCCAAUACCUCAACACUAGAGAACGUCAAUGAUCCGAAAGCCUCUGUGGACGAUGGUGGAUCUCACUCUGGCCCACAAAUCUCACUGGUCGCGGAGGAGCCUUCUUUCACAGUUCGCUUUCAGGCCAUGCAAGAUGAACAUGGCCAUCACGUUGUACUCGGAAGAGAAGGGACACUGACGCGCUGUGAGGAUGAGCCCAUUCGAACUCCCGGUGCUGUCCAAGGCUUUGGCGUACUCAUUGUUGUGGAUGAACAAGAUGACACCUUAAUUGUCCGUCAAGCGUCUGAGAACUCUACUGAACUGUUGGGUCUGUCUCCACAGUAUCUCUUCUCCCUGGAUUGUUUCACAGAUACACUACCGGAAUCGCAAGCUGGUUUGCUUUGGAACAACGUUCAAUACCUUUCUGAACCAGAUUCACAACCAUCGGAUGACGGGCACAGUCCACCGCAUAUCUUUCGUAUAUCAGGCUGGGGAGCCCCUGGCACAAAAACCACCCCUUCGGACGUAGCUGAUUCUGAUUCGGCGUCAAAUGAAGACCGACAUUUCUGGACAUGUUGGUGUGCAAUGCAUAGGCCGCUAAGCACAACGGGGUCGAAUUCCAAAUUGUUCGUGAUGGAAUUCGAGUUGGAGGUGGAUGUGUUAAACCCUCUGUAUCCACUUGUGCCUCUUCCGGAAGCUGUGGAGCUGGUCUCGCCGACGGGCAAUGACCCUGGCUUGGGAUUUGACAGCUUUAUGCCUACGGGAGAGACUUCGAACGAGAGUUCCAGAAGAACUUUGCUGGUCAGUGACGAUACCACUGGCACUCUGCCAAGCCUGGGCGGUGAUCUAGACGGCCGAACUCCGGGGCCGCGUGCUUCCAUUCCGCCAUUUCCUCUCAGCCCAUUUAUUGUAGAAACCAAUUCCCUUGAUGCAUUGGUUACUCAAUCCUCGCCUACAGGUCUUGAAGGUGACGACACCUGGAUCCCGAACACCGAAGAUAUUGUGGAAAGUACGACCUCACGAUCCAAGCCGCUUCCUGCCCUAGAGCGCCUACGUCGCUUAACACGGACAGCUCCCUCAGGACUGACUUCCGCGAAGGCGAAGUCGCGGCGUGGUAGAAUCGUAAUUAUACCAGGAGAUAGUGAUAUGAUGGAUGUUUUGGCGAUCAUGGCUCAGAUUAACGAGCAGCUUAGUAAACCAUCAGAUUUGGAAACAUUUUUGAAGGUGGUGGUUGGUAUUGUCAAGGACUUGACGCAAUUUCAUAGGGUUAUUGUGUACCAGUUCGAUGAGCGGUGGAAUGGGCAAGUUGUUGCAGAACUUGUCGAUUGGAGCAUGACGCACGAUCUUUAUAAGGGCUUGCAUUUUCCCGCUGCUGAUAUACCUGCACAAGCCAGACAGUUGUAUGCAACAAACAAAGUCCGGAUUCUUUAUAAUCGGGACCAGGCAACAGCUCGGAUCGUAGUACGAUCCAAAGCAGAUCUCGAGCAACCUCUGGAUAUGACACAUUGCCACUUGCGCGCUAUGAGCCCUAUUCAUAUCAAAUAUCUCGGUAACAUGGGCGUUCGUGCUUCGAUGUCUAUUUCUAUCAUGGCGUUUGGCACUCUGUGGGGUUUAGUAGCAUGUCAUUCAUACGGGCCUCGUGGAAUGCGGGUAUCACUUCCUACUCGAGAGAUGCUCAAACUUCUCAGCCAGUCCAUAUCUAGAAACAUUGAACGGCUCAGCUACGCUCGACGACUGCGUACCCGGAAACUUGUCAAUACAAGGGCUUCGGAGAACCAUCCCACCGGAUACAUCAUAUCAGACUUUGAUAGUUUGCUCGGUUUGUUUGAUGCCGAUUUUGGCAUCUUGGUUAUUGGUGAUGGUGCGAAGAUCCUAGGCCCUAAUGAACACGGACAAGAGAUCUUGAUCGUGGCAGAGUACCUCAGACUGAAGCAAUUCGGGACCAUUCAAGUAUCACAAGCAGUGACUUCCGACUAUCCUGACCUUAAAAUCUCUACUGAUCCCAAUGUAGUUGCGGGCCUGAUGUACGUUCCUCUAUCGAGUGGAGGCAAGGAUUUCAUUGCCUUCCUACGGAAAGGACAACCGUGUGAUGUUCACUGGGCCGGGAAGCCGUUCAAAGGAGAUGGAUCGAAAGUAGUGUUGGAGCCCAGAAAAUCGUUUAAGAUUUGGACGGAAACUGUCACCGGAAGAAGUAGAGCAUGGACGGAUGAACAACUAGAAACCGCGGGUGUGCUGGCUUUGGUGUAUGGAAAGUUUAUUGAGGUCUGGAGGCAGAAGGAGAGCCCCUUGCAGACGAAUAAUAUGACCAACUUGUUGUUAUCGAAUGCUUCACACGAAGUGCGGACCCCUCUAAACCAUAUCAUUAACUAUCUCGAAAUGGCGCUGAACGGACCGUUGGACAGAGAAACGCGCGAUAAUUUGAGUCAGUCGCACUGUGCUUCGAAGAAUUUACUCUUCACUAUCAAUGACUUGUUGGAUCUCACGAGACUAGAAAGUGGGAACGAGACAUCUUUCAAUGAACCCUUCAACCUACCUGCAGCCAUCGAGGAGGCGAUCAAUCCAUAUAGAAGCGAGGCCCAACGACGAUCUAUCGAUUUCAUUCUAGAAAUAUCUGAAAGUCCCAAAGAAGUUGUCGGUGACGCUAGGAAGAUUCGAACUGUAGUCGAGAACCUAACGGCGAACGCCUUAAAAUACACUACGGAAGGGUCCAUCACAGUGUGCUGUGUACCGACACAAGGACCUGUUGGUCUCCACGAUUACCAACAGACGGCGGUGGAAAUCGUGGUGGCGGAUACAGGAUGCGGUAUACAGCAGGACAAGAUGGAAAGUAUAUUUCGAGAGUUCGAGCAAGCGGAAUCACUGGAGCCCAAAACUAGAACGGAAGCUGUUGGGCUGGGCCUGGCUGUAGUUGCUCGUAUCGUUAAACAGCUGAGUGGGCAGCUUCGAGUUGAUUCUAAAGUUGGGCAGGGCAGCUGUUUCUCCUUCCUUAUUCUACUUGCCUCGCAUGCGGGAGGAGUAAACCCCGUGUCGGGUCCCUCUCAAGCCUCCCCUUCAGGCUCGCUUCGUCUUCUUUCUCGCCCUCCUAGCAUCAACUCUGGCAACGAAAUUGAUUCACUGAUUGAAACCAUAUCAUCGAAUCAUGUAGAGCCGAAAUCUUUGUCGCCGAAGUCACCCCCCUCAUUGGAGGACCAACGAAAUCUUGAGGGCUCCUUCAAUGAUUCCUCGAGCAAACAGAGUGGGGAAACUCUCGAAGUUGUUGGGUCCCAAGUCCCUGUUCGACCAAUCAAAAUGGACGAAAAUAUAAACUCAUCCAGCGUUAAUGCCAGACCCACGGCCACGGCCUCCGCGGAGCUAGACCUUUCGCAGAAACGUACUCCAUCCAAAUUGCGGGUUUUGAUUGUAGAGGACAAUAUUCUCAAUCAGAAACUACUUGCAAAGCGACUCAGACUUGAUGGUCAUACUGUCGUCAAUACCAUGAAUGGACAGGAAAGUCUUGACGCCGUGAAGGUCGAUCGCGACUUUGAUUGUAUAUUGAUGGAUCUCGACAUGCCAAUCCUCGACGGCUUCGAAGCGACGGAGAAAAUACGGGAAGUUGAAGCAGAAUCACCAGCAUCAACUCUUCGGCUUUCGCAUCGGUUGAAUGGGCGGAUUCCUAUAUUCGCUGUAUCCGCGUCACUGUUCGAACAGCAGCGAGAUAAGCUGUCGAAAUGUGGUAUGGACGGAUGGAUACUGAAGCCUAUCAACUUCAAGAGGUUGGGGGUGAUUCUGUCUGGGGUGACUGAUGUAGGGCAGCGUCAGCGGGAUGUGUAUAGGCCUGGUUGUAAUUGGGAGAGUGGUGGGUGGCUCCGGGAGCAUCUGCCCUUGGACAAUCUAGCAUCUACUUAGCGGUCAGAGUUCAUGAUGCAGAGUGCUGUCUUGUUAUCGUUUUAGAACUACUCGCCUCUUUUCAUUAUCAUACCUUUUGGAUUUACGGAGGACGGAAGACAUGUAUUUCUUAGCAUAUUUCCAUUUGCCAUCUACAUUUUACAUAGAGCGCCAAGUAGUAUCAACAUCUGUAUAGUAUUUAUGUAAACUUUGUCGGUGGUAUUAUCUUCGCCCGGUGAAGGACGCGUUGGCGGUUAGGAGCUCGAGUCUCGUAGUUGCGGAGAAGACGUUCCUAAUGUUCAUCUCGAGAGGAAAUAUACAGAUUAAUCAAAGCACAGCCGGAAUGUUGUGCGUGGGUUCAUAUCGCAAAGACGUUUACAGUGAAAAUAACAUCUUCCAAUGCCU